GCUUCUUACUCUAUUUAAUUUGAUGAUGGGGUCGCCCUUGGAGCUAAAACCGCUUCUUCUCAGACCAUUUGGAGAUCAGAGCGAUGAUCACCAAAAGCUCCAAGAGUUGGUUGCACGUCUUGAAGAAGAACGCCUCAAGAUCGACGCUUUUAAACGCGAGCUUCCCCUUUGCAUGCAGCUCCUUACCAAUGCUAUGGAGGCUUCAAGGCAGCAGUUACAAACUUACAAGGAUUUAGUGGCUCAGCCGCGGCCGCCGCCGCCGGUUCUUGAAGAAUUCAUCCCACUCAAGAACAAAUCAUCUUCAAGCCACGACGACGACGAUGACGUCGGGGAGAAAGAUACGAUCAAGAAACCGAACAUGGCGCCCGACAACAAGGCCAACUGGAUGACCUCAGCCCAGCUAUGGAGCCAUCAUCAUCAAACAAAUAAUAAUAAUAAUAAUAAAAGUAAAAGUGAAGGCUCCAAGCAGUUAGAUGUUGUUGUUUAUAGUUCUCUUAAAGAAGGUGAUGAUGACGAUGAUGACAGUAUAGGGUUUUCAAUGAUGACCCCAAAGGCUGCAGUCUCGGAGACUGCAGCCGUUGGGGGAGGGGCGCUUCUGACAUUUCCCAACCCAACCACCCUGGCGCUGGGUGCGUCGCUGUCCGCGCGUGACAGAAAGGGGGACGAUCAAGCGGACAACGUGGAUGCGGUGAGUUGUAUCAGCCAACGGGACGGUCGAACCGCCGCUGCUGCUGCGGUGGCCGCCAAUAACAACAGUAACUCCUCCACCACCACCGCCACGCAGACGCAGAGGAAGGCGAGAAGAUGUUGGUCGCCCGAUCUGCACAGGCGCUUCGUUAAUGCUCUUCACAUCUUAGGUGGAUCUCAAGUUGCCACCCCAAAACAAAUCAGAGAACUCAUGAAAGUUGAUGGUUUAACUAAUGAUGAAGUCAAAAGCCAUCUCCAGAAAUACAGACUCCACACGAGGAGGCCAAUUCCGAGCCCACAAACGGCAGCGCCGGGAGCACCUCAGCUCGUCGUUUUAGGCGGAAUAUGGGUCCCGUCGGAGUACACAGCGGCAGCCACGCACAAUGGUGUGCCACCCUCAGUGGCCGCCGCCACCUCCCUGUACGGGGCCCACCCGGCUGUCCACGCACCCCAGCAGCACCAUUACUGCCCAUCCCCCGCCUCGCAAGUGGUUCAUCACGAGCUAUACGCGCCGCAGCACCGGGCGGGGGCGGCGCUCCACCACUUGCACCACCAACAACAACCAGUCCUCCACCACCCGCUUCACGCGUACAAACCACCACCUUCUUAUGCCCAAACGACUCAGAGCUCCCCAGCGUCCGGUUACCGCUCCGAGAGCAUCGAAGACGGGAAGUCGUCCGAGAGCGGCGGCAGCUGGAAAGGCGACAGCGGCAGCGAUAACGGCGGCAAAGCUGUGUUGUUAAGAGAGGGAGGUGAAAUGGGCAAAAAUAAUGGGAUGGAGAUCAGUCUCAAAUUCUAACGUUUUCUUAGCUUGCUUGAAACCCUUAUUAUUAUUGGGAAUUAGCGUUGAUUUUUUUUACUCCGUAUUUAUUUAGUUCUAAGAUAAGCUAAGGUAUAUAUAUAGAUUUAAUAAUCAUGUUUGACUACCGAGUAUGCUUGAUAGGCCAAUAAUUACAGAUAGUAUUC